AUGGCGGCUGCUGCGCCAACAGCCCCAGGCGAGUACCAGCUGCAGCGGCGGCUGGGGGUCGCGCUGGACCACCAGCCCCAAGAGGGGAGAAAGUUUGAAGCCGACUCAGGUGAGCUCGGCCGGCUUCGUGCUGAACUGGCCGGCGCACUGGCAGAAAUGGAAACCAUGAAGGCUGUGGCGGAGGUAAGCGAGAGUACCAAGGCCGAGGCAGUGGCUGCAGUGCGGCGGCAGUGCCAAGAGGAGGUGGCUUCCCUGCAAGCCAUCCUGAAAGACUCCAUCAGCAGCUACGAGACCCAGAUUGCGGCCCUGAAGCAGGAGCAGCAGCAGCAGCAGCAGGACUGUGAGGAGAAGGAGCGAGAGCUGGGCCACCUCAAGCAGCUGCUGGCCCGGGCCCACCCCUUGGACUCCUUGGAGAAGCAGAUGGAAAAGGCACACGAGGACUCAGAGAAGCUUCGAGAAAUUGUGCUGCCCAUGGAGCAGGAGAUUGCUGAGUUGAAGGCAAAGCUGCUAAAGGCAGAGGAGCUGAUCCAAGAAAUCCAGAGACGACCCCGGCUGGCCACUUCCCUGCAUGGCUCCACAGAGUUGCUGCCACUGUCAAGGAACCCUUCACCCCCACUGGAGCCCCUGGAGGAGCCAAGUGGAGAUGCAGGUCCAGCAGCCGAAGCCUUCGCCCACAACUGUGAUGACAGUGCCUCUAUCUCUUCCUUCUCCCUUGGUGGAGCAGGCAGCAGUGCUUCAUUGCCCCGGGGCCGCCAAGGCCUAAGCCCUGAGCAAGAAGACACAGCCUCUCUCGUGUCCACAGGCACCCUUGUCCCUGAGGGCAUCUACCUGCCCCCUCCUGGGUACCAGCUUGUCCCAGAUACCCAAUGGGAGCAGCUGCAGGUGGAGGGGCAGCAGCUACAGAAAGACCUGGAAAGUGUCAGCCGUGAGCGGGAUGAGCUUCAAGAGGGAUUGAGACGGAGCAAUGAAGACUGUGCCAAGCAGAUGCAGGUGCUCCUGGCCCAGGUCGAGAACUCGGAGCAGCUGCUUCGAACCCUGCAGGGGACGGUGAGCCAGGCCCAGGAGCGUGUACAACUGCAGAUGGCAGAGCUAGCUACUUCUCACAAAUGCCUGUGUCAUGAGGUUAAGCGGCUAAAUGAAGAAAACCAAGGGCUCCGGGCAGAGCAGCUACCAGCGAUCCAGGGCCCCCAGCAGCACAAGGUCGAGGACGAGGCACUGCCCAACUCUGUGCAGGAGUUGCAACAGCUGGUACAGCGCACUCAGCAGCAGGCACAGGCCAGGCAACAGGCACAGGAACAUGAGGCCGAGCGCCUGCGCAUUGAGAUCGUGAAGCUGCGGGAGGCACUGGAAGAGGAAACAGCAGCCAGAGCUAGCCUGGAGGGACAGCUGAGGGUCCAGCGUGAGGAGACAGAGGUCCUAGAGGCCUCCCUGUGCAGCCUGAGGAUAGAGAUGGAACGAGUCCAGCAGGAGCAGAGCAAGGCCCAGCUUACAGACCUCCUCUCCGAACAGAGGGCCAAAGCACUUCGGCUACAGGCUGAGCUAGAGACCAGUGAACAGGUGCAGAGGGACUUUGUACGGCUGUCCCAGGCCCUGCAGGUACGCCUGGAGCGGAUCCGCCAAGCAGAGACUCUAGAGCAAGUGCAUAGCAUCUUGGAUGAGGCACCUCUCAGGGACAUUAGGGACAUAAAGGACUCCUGAGGGGCCCCUCGAGGAGGCACCCCAGCCGUGCUCCCUCUUGCUGGAAAAGCUGGCCCUUCUGCACCAUAACUGUGAGGUGGGGACUGUAAGGCCUCAGGAUGGAGCCUACCCAUUCCAAACCUAGAUGGCCAGCACUUCUAAUCAAGGUGGCUGGGCCUUCUGUUCUCAGGGAUGACACCUGGGUGAGGACCCAGCCCCCUCCCAGAACUGAAGGUGCAGGCUGAGCCUGUAACUUCCAGACUGCUGUGCUGCCUCAUAGAUUCAGCCCUCCCACCUUGCCACCUCCAAUUGACAGCUAGUCCAGUCCUGAGGCACAGUCCAGUGUGUGGUGGCUAGAAGCUAUUGGCAGCAGUGGGUUUCUUACACAAGGGCCUUAGGGUAGGCAGCUGCUUUCUGGAUUGAAUGACACUAAGAUAUUUGUCCACAGGUGCCUGGUAUAGGCCCCAAGACACAUGAGGCAAGGCUCAUUUAUUUUGUCAUUUAUUUUCAAUAAAUAAGCAGCUCAGCUCA